GACAGACAGAGAGUGAGGAUGCUGCUGCUGCUGCUGCUGCUGCUGCUCUGGUAACCCCUCACCUAGAUCAUCCUUUUGUGCACAGCGCGCUGCAGGUUGAUAUCUCUGCGCUCGGUCCAGCUGUCACCGCCUGCAUUGGUUCACCCAGCAGACGCACGUAGGCGCGUAUCCGACCGACCAACCCCCUCUUCCCCCGGCAGACAGACACACUGAAGAGCCGGCUAGCGGCGGGACAGCCAAGCAGCGACGACCCGGGCAGGACAGGACAGAAGUCUCCGCAGACCGAGGAGGUGUGACGCUGUGCUGAGUCCCCUCACUGUGUGCAGCAGCACCAUGGCAGCUAUGGGACCAGAGGACAGACCUGGACCAGGGCCAGGCGGGACGGCUGUCUGCCCGUCGGGACUACAGGCCCGUGUCUCUACAACGACACACAACAGCAAUGGGCCAGACAGACAGCAGACUCUGGUCUAUACGCAGAGCUGUGUCCAGGCUGAGAAAGCUUUCGUGGACAACAAGACAUCAGUUCACCUGCCGCAGAAGGAGGCUGAGAGAGGCUGGAGCAACCUGGGUGUCUUGCGAACUAUGGGACCCACCAUGCACCCAAGCAACUUGUCAGCUACUGGAGAGGCACCACCAUACAGUUUCCGCAGUCCAGAGUCAGUGGAGAUGGAUGAGAUCAUGGCAGCCAUGGUUCUGACCAGUCUGUCUUGCAGCCCCGUUGUCCAGAGUCCUCCACAAACAGAUCCUGGACCAGCCGGCUCAUCAUCACCAGCUGACAUGGAGUGCGGCGGCGGCGAGCUCUCUGACAGUGGCAGCAGCGGCUACUGGAGCUGGGACCAUGGCAAUGUGAGCCCCGCCCCCUCGCCGUCCGUCACUGAGAUGGACAGCAGCCCUGACGAAGGCUUACAUAUGGAACUGGAGCAGGGAGAGGAGCUUAAUGCCAAAAAGCCAAAGAGCUCUUUCAGAGGUGUGUAUAAGUGUCUGUGGCCCAGUUGUGGCAAGGUGCUAACGUCUUCAGUCGGAAUAAAAAGACAUAUCCGUGUGCUGCAUCUGGGCAGUGGGUCAGAUCAGUCACAGAGAGAAGAGGACUUCUACUACACCAAGAUCUCCUGUGAGACCGUGGACACCAGCUCUACUCCAGCUCCUUCCCAGCAGGCUCUGGGCCAGGCCCCGUCCUCUCAUCUCAGCUGGGCCUCCUGCGGUUCUCCUCCGGCCUCGGGGCUCCAGAUCCCCCCAGCUCACAGGCCAAGGUCCAACUCCAGCUCUGGGCCUGGACCGAGCAGGCCCAGUCCGCUCAGCCAGUCGGCCCCCAGCAGCUUCUGGCAGAUCCACUCAGAGCAUCUCUAUCAGGCCUGUAGCCCCGUCCAGGUAUCUGUGGCCUCCAGAAGCCCCAGCUGCCAGGGUUGGACCCCCUCCGCCUCUGGCCACAGUAACACUCCGAUGGUGAAACCUCGCUGCCGGUCCGUCAGUGUCGGGGAACAGUGGCUCCAACAGAACAGGCUUCAGCCUAUGAGUGCGUCGCCCUCCCGCACUCACUGCUCCUUCAGGAAGGGUCGCGGGGAGGCCAAAAAGUGCCGCAAGGUGUACGGAGUGGAGCGCAAGGAUCAGUGGUGCACCGCCUGCCGCUGGAAAAAGGCCUGCCAGCGCUUCCCUGACUAAAAACAGCUGCAGGAUGGAGAGAGAGAGCGUGAGAGGUGGAUGGAUGAAUGACUGAUAAAAGAGACUUAUAUCAAAAAGAGGAUAUAAAUUAGGGCCCGAGAGCCAUCAAGAAAAACAGCUGUUCUCUUACUUCACGUGUUUUUUUUUUUUACUUUCAACUUGUUUUAUUUCUUUCCUAAAGAAAUGCAAAUGGAGUUUUCUGUAUCUUUGUAACUUGAUCCUGAAAACUGAAGUCUGCGACGGUGCUACCUGUUGAUUGAAUUUGACCAUGUGAUGUGCUAAGCCUACAGUACUCUCCUACUUUAUCCAAAGGUCAUAUUAUUGCCCCUGUAGCUCCACUGUAUUAGACUGCUACUUGGCUGUUUUCCUUAUUCCAACCCUCUCUUCCAGUGGUUACACAGUGGUUAUGAUGUACAUGAGAUAGUGUGCUUUGAGUUACGUACGAGUAUUUUAUACCUUUUUUUUAAUUGUCUCGUUCAGCCCGUGUAUUGGGCAGAUUGUUUUUUGGGGGGAAUUUUCAUGUUUUUUGGCACUUUGUUGGAAUAUAAACUCACAAGAAUAAGCUACAUUUGGUUUGACUCAACCAUGUUCCUAUUUCCUUCCUGCCCGCGUGUUGGCAUACGACCAGUGUUAAUGGUUCUAUCCGUGAAGCUAUGGAGUCGUGGUGUUGGGACUAGCAUUAGGGGAAUGAGUUUGUGAUAGCAAUAAAAAAGAGGAAAUAUAUUGUCAAACACAAAUUAAAAAGCACUGAGAAUUUGAAA